AUGAACAACCUAAACUCUUCCUCGCACACCAAUGUUAAAACAGUUAUUCAAGAUUUUGUUAGGGAAAAUGAACAAUGUGUAUUAGAGAGGUUCACUGAAGGAGUUCUAGAAGCUGUAAUUGGUGACUCAGCAGACGAAGGAUACUCUACCGGUUUGAGGAAGUUAUACAUGGUGGUUCUUAGCUGGAGACGCAACAAAGCAAGUGCUCAUUUCAACAUAAAGAGAACUGAUGCCCUCCUUACGGAAUAUUACAUUCAAAUUCGAAGUCGACAGGUUAUUUUCACCUCAUGGCAAAGAGAAAACGCCAAGGAAGCUAAAGCAGCACAGAGUUUCGAAGCCCUAGAAAAACAGAUGGCUGUUAUUAAAGAUAUUAAUGCCCCAGCACUUCCAACAUUGAGAGCCAAACAAUAA